AGCAACCACUCUGCCUAAAAACAGUUGUAUAAUGGAGGACUGACGUCCCACAAUGCACUGCAUCUUGUCAACUGACAUUGUACAACGAGUUCCGAGCUGCAUAAUAAAAGAUCGCGGGUAACGUUAAAUUAAGUUGUUUAUGAUCACGAAGUGUUUGUUGUGCCCGUCAUGAGUGGAAUGAGGACAAUACUGACCUCGCUAGCGAUAGGCGGUAUUGUCGCUAUCGGCUUCGGAAUGUGGGCCAUAGUUGUACCUGGAGAAGAUAGGAAAAGAGAAUUAUUUAAGAGUCUGCCAGAGUCAAAUCCUGUCCGUAUGGAUGAGACGAGAAAAAGAAAUGCCCUCAUGCUUCAGGUUAUCAAGGAUGCUGCAGAAACCCAAGAUAACAUUGCACGUGGAUUUGGCAGCCAAAAAUAAUGAAUGUGUGUUCGCACAAAUAUCAGACUUUUAGGUGCCUUUGCCAAUCUGCACGUGGGGGAGGAGAUGGAUCAAGGCUGGCUUAUACAAGUGAUCGAUAAACUGAGAUAUGCAUAUGCCUGUCAUGAAAACAGAUACUGUUGCAGAUUGUAUUUAUUUUUUAGGAAAUUGUUGUAAAUAAACUAAACCUACACCAUCGUUGAUCUGUAUACAACUGUUUUGUGUAAACUAAAUAAAUGUUGAUUUUUUUUGUAAAUUAAACAUUAAAAAUUCCAUGUAAUUUCCUUUUA